AGACACCAAUAUUUUUUUCAAUGACAAUGUCCCAACCAGUCAAAACUCCCUUUUCUCAAAAAGCAACAAAAAACCUAUCAAAGAAACAAGCACUCCUUCUCUGCACUCCAACAACACUACUGAAAGUGAAACACUUUCUCUCUUUCUCUCCUGCAUUGUUAAAAAAUGGCCAUUUUCAUUUUGAUGUUCCUCUGUUGUGUUGUUUCAUCUUCUUCUUCUUCUUCUUCUUCUUUAACAACAGCAACAACAGCAACAAGAGCAACAACAGAUGUUGAGCUUCUUCUUUACAAAAUAAAACCCACCUUACAAGGACAAGGUAAAAGUGAAAGUCUAUUACUUGCUUCAUGGAAUGAAAGCAUUCCACUUUGUCAAUGGAGAGGUUUAAAAUGGGUAUUCUCAAAUGGAAGUUCUCUUAACUGUGAUUCACUAUCAUCACCUCCUUGGUCUAGUCUUUCUCUCUACAAAAACCCUUCUCUUCACCUCCAAUCUCUUCAACUUCCCUCUGCUAAUCUCUCUGGUACCAUUCCUCGAGAGCUAGGCGAGCUUUCUGCCUUGCAAACCCUUUAUCUUGGUGUCAAUUCCUUGUCUCAGGGUGUCCCUUUAGAGCUUGGUUAUAGCUCCUCACUUACAGAUGUUGAUUUUGGACAGAAUUUGCUUACUGGUUCUCUCUCCCCUUCCAUUUGGAACCUCUGUGAUCGCCUCGUUUCGCUUCGCUUUCAUGGUAAUUAUCUCUCUUCUUCUCUCCCUGCACCUGCUUUGCCUAAUGCUACUUGUGAUCAUUUGAAAGUUGUUGAUUUUGGGGAUAACAAGUUGUCUGGUUUCUUUCCUGAUUUUUUAACUACCUUUAGGAAUCUUCAGGUUCUUGAUCUUAGUAACAAUAUGUUUACUGGCCUCAUUCCUAAUGAUAUGGCUCAGUUAAAUCUUGAUAAGUUGAAUUUGUCUUUUAAUAAUUUUACUGGGAUGUUGCCAAAUUUUGGGGACACUAAGUUUGGCCCUGAGGCUUUUAAAGGGAAUGAUCCUGGCUUGUGUGGCUACCCUUUGAGAAAUUGCAAUGGAGGGACUAGUUUGACCCCUGGUGCAAUUGCUGGUCUUGUCAUUGGUUUGAUGACCGGUUCCGUCGUUGCUGUGUCUGUGUUGAUUGGGUAUAUGCAAAAUAGGAGGAGGAAGAAUAGGGGUGAGAAUGAGGAUGAUUUGGAGGAAUGUGAAGAGGAUGAUACUACUGGUGAAACUGGUGAAGCUAAGCUUAUUGUGUUUCAAGGCGGCGAGAAUUUAACAUUAGAGGAUGUUUUGAAUGCUACUGGCCAAGUUAUUGAGAAGACGAGCUAUGGAACUUCCUAUAAGGCAAAGCUUGCAGAUGGAGGAACUAUUGCUUUGAGGUUAUUAAGAGAAGGUUGUUGCAAAGAUAGGAGUUCUUGUUUGCCUGUGGUAAAGCAGUUGGGUCGUCUUCGACAUGAGAAUUUGGAUCCCUUAAGAGCUUUCUAUCAAGGAAAGAGAGGAGAGAAGCUGCUCAUUUGCGAUUAUGUUCCUACCAGAACUCUCCAUGAGCUUUUACAUGAACCUAAGCCUGGGAAGCCGGUGCUAAACUGGGUUCGACGCCACAAAAUUGCACUUGGUGUAGCCAGAGGACUAGCAUAUCUUCAUACAGGCCUAGAGACAACGAUGACUCACGGGAACGUGAAAUCCAAGAAUGUACUCGUCGAUGAUUUCUUUGUAGCUAGACUUACUGAAAUUGGGGUAGACAAGCUGGUGAUCCCUGAUGUAGCUGACGAAAUGUUGUCUCAACUGAAAACAGACGGAUACAGGGCUCCAGAGCUUCAAAAGAUGAAUAAAUGCAAUCCAAGGACUGAUGUUUAUGCAUUUGGUAUACUAUUGCUGGAGAUUUUGAUAGGGAAAAAACCUGACAAAAAUUCUCGAAGUGGCGAUUAUAUGGAUUUACCAUCAAUGGUAAAAACAGCUGUUCUGGAGGAGACAACAAUGGAGGUUUUUGACGUUGAGGUUUUGAAGGGGAUUAGAAGUCCCAUGGAAGACGGAUUGGUUCAUGCAUUAAAGCUUGCGAUGGGUUGCUGUGCUCCAGUGGCUUCUGCAAGACCCACAAUGGAGGAAGUGCUGAAGCAGUUGGAGGAGAAUAGACCCAGAAACAGGUCUGCUUUAUACAGCCCUACUGAAACUAGAAGUGGGACAGGUACUCCCUUUUAGUCUCCCCCCUUAAUUCUUUUUCCUUCUUUUCUUCUUUCUUUUUUGUUAGGUUUGAGGGUUAAGACCUGCGUGUCUGUAGUCUGUAGUUCUGUACUACUGUAGGGACAAUUCUCUAUUAUCGAUACCAUUUUCCGUGCAUGUAGUUUCUAGCAGAUGUAGUAGAAUUAUUAGAAGUGAUUCAUUUAUCUAUUCUGGGUUUCUCAACUAA